CGCUGUCGCUGUCAGAGAUCGAAUCUCCGGAGAUCCAUGGAGAAGAGCGGAACUGCCGUCACGGUUGUGGUUCACGAACGCGGACACGGCUUCGAUGGCGGUGACGGAAAAGCCGACCACUCGACGAUCAUCGACAAGUAUGUGAUCCGCGGUGUGAUUGGAAGAGGGGGGGGGGGCAGAACCUACCGCGCCGAGGCGGGCAAUGGGGAUGAGGUGAUCCUAAAGGUCUUCUCUUUGAAGGGCUACUCGCCCCGCGAGGAGCGGCGGAUGCUCAAGGCGGUGUCUCGGGUCAUGCGAUCGUUCAAUCACGUCGGGAUCCCGCGGCUCAUCGACUGCCUCGUAGUAUCGCCCGAUACGGUUGGGGGCGAAGCGGCCACGACCGGUCCCAGAGAGUCGACAGACUCGCUGACUGAAGAGGGGAACGACCGGUCGUUGUGUGUGGUGCAGAAGGCUCCUUGCGGUCGUUCCUUGGAGGAGGUCGUCCUCAGCGGCUUCCCUCUCACGGAAGAGGAGGUGGUAGAGAUAGCCGUGGAGGUCUUGCACAUCCUUGUCUAUCUGGAGGAGAGGCUGCCGGCUGUAGUCCACACACUUCGUGAUCUGCAGAACUUAGAGAACCGCAUCGGUGUUCAUCGGGACAUCAAUCCGGGGGAUAUAAUAGUGGACGUGGAGAGAGCGCGGUACAACCGAUCAUGGAAGGGCCACGUGAAGUUGGUCGGCUUUGGGGCUCCAGAUGAUCCCGCAGCUAUGGCUUCGUGCCAGUAUAAGGCGCCUGAGCAGCUGGGCGAGCGACCUUCUACCCAGUCAGAUCUGUACUCUCUUGGGCUAACGAUCUUGUACGUACUGUGCGGGCGGGAGCCGGGGGAGCUUCCGCGCAAGCUGAUGUACGUCCAGUUCCGCCACCAGGUGCAGUGCAGCGAGUACCUGGUCGACGUUCUGGACCAGAUGCUGGAACCGGGACUGGCGUUCAGGUUCCAGUUCGCGAGUGAAGUGGUUGCUCUGCUGUGCUCUCCACGGUCGCCCACCUCUGCGACCUCGCGAUCUGGUACAGACCUACCGUUUCUCCGGACGGCGACCAGAGCCGACCGCCCGGACGACCGUCGACACCCCGCCGGCCCGCCAGACUUCCUCUCGGCGUCCGAACGACCCGCCUGCAGCAUGUUCCACUGCGCACGCCGACCGGUCCUCCACCCCAAACCCGCUGGAACUAUGGUGUCCGUCUGCUCCGACUCCUCUUCCCGUUCCUCGUCUUCUUCCACCGCCCCAGGUCUCGAUCUGAAGGUGGAGAUCCCGCCUCCGGGCUGGCAUAGAUCGCUCCUGGUCUGGACCUUCUUCUUGCCGUUCAUAGCCGGACUCCUGUGCCCAUGGCAGCUCAUCAUGUCCCCCUUUCCUCACGAAACGCUGGUCGUGUCUAUCGUCUACUACCUGCCGGCUUGCGCUGUGUCCCUCUGGCUCCUCCGAGCAGCGCUCAAGUCCACAACAGAGAGGGUCAGCCUCAAGAUCGACGGAGAGGGGGAGUACACAAUCAAGUGGUCGAGGGGGGGGGUGCUGACCAAAUGUUUGUCCCUGGGGAAGGAGAGAGUGAAGGGAAGGGUGGAGAAUGUUCUGGAGGUCCGAGUACAGAUGGUCCUCAGACACCCCGCUGGACCCUCCGUAGGGGACUGCCUACUGAUCGAGCCCAGGCAGACCCAUGGAUUUGGAACAUGGCUCGACAACGCUGAGAAGCUAUGGCUCGCAGAUGAGAUAAACGCGUUCAUAUAUAGGUACAAGCAUCUCAAGCUAGAAGGGGAUAGAGUGGGAGUUGAGGGAGGGGGAGUCGGAGGGGAAAGUGGGGAAGGGGGAGACCAUAUUAACGAUCUUGUGGGUAUUGUGGUGGCAGCGUUGUGUCCUGUCUUUGGAUCAGGUACGGGUAGAAGGGGAAGAGAGGGUUGAACAAUUCAGAACGCACUUCCAACUAGAGGUCUCGCACAGGUGGAAGUCUACCACGCAAUCGCUCGACAACCUCCAUAGCGCCAAAGAUGUC